CGUUAUUUGACUCGGCAACGGCUGAAUUCGGUUCGGUGAACACAGUGAACCUGAUGGGUUCGGUCCGGCGCAAACCAACCCGUCGGCAGCGGUACUGACCCUGGACGGUUCUAGAUGAUUCUUUGAGAUAGAGUGACGGAGAGCCCUCCGAUCAAAUCCGAUCCGACGACUGACGUUUGCCUUGGUGCACCAAUUGGACGAGAUCCGAGUCCCUGACACACAUAAGGCUCGUGUUCUCGUUCGCAUUCCGUCUUCCUCCGUCUCUUAUCCCAUUCCUCGGAACCAGACCGAGAGGUUCCCAGAGGAAGGGACAGGCGAAUCAUCGGUGCGGCCGCUUCUGCCUCCGCCGGUUCAGAGGAAACACAGGAGGUUGAAUUUGCCAUUAUUUUCUCCUUAGCUGCACAGGUCCAUGGCAAUUGUACUAUGUAGAGGUACUUAUGUGCCUCAGUUGGGGGUACAGCCUCAAGCAACACUUAGAAAUGCAUCUCCAGGAUCUUGGCCUUGUUGUAUUACUAAAUUGGUGCUGAUGCCUCAAAUUAGUACUUCAACAAGUAAGUAUCUGGCAUCAUCACAUGCAAGUUUCCUUGCCCCAGUGUCUUCAUCUGCUUUGUUUUAUAAUGGGCCACAUUUAAAUUCUAGGCGCAAUAGGGGAGCACGAUUCAUCGUUAGAGCUGAUCUAGAUUACUAUUCUGUCCUUGGUGUAUCAAGAAAUGCUAGUAAAUCUGAAAUAAAAAGUGCUUACAGGAAGCUUGCAAGGAGUUAUCAUCCUGAUGUGAACAAAGAACCUGGAGCAGAACAGAAAUUCAAGGAGAUCAGCAAUGUAUAUGAGGUCCUGUCAGAUGAUGAAAAGAGGUCAAUAUAUGAUAAGUACGGAGAAGCUGGCCUCAAAGGUGCUGGCAUGGGCACGGGGGAUUAUGGCAACCCAUUUGAUAUCUUUGAGUCAUUAUUUGAAGGCAUGGGAGGGAUGGGAGGAAUGGGUGGGAUGGGAGGAGCAAGAGCUGCUCGCAACAGGCCUAUGCAAGGUGAUGAUGAGAGCUACAAUCUUGUCCUAAAUUUCAAAGAUGCAAUUUUCGGUGUGGAGAAGGAGAUAGAGAUUACACGGCUAGAAAGGUGUGGAACUUGUGAUGGUUCUGGCGCCAAACCUGGCACGACGCCAAGCAAGUGCAACACCUGUGGAGGUCAAGGUCAGGUUGUCUCUUCGGCAAGGACCCCUCUGGGUGUAUUCCAGCAAGUUAUGACUUGCUCAACUUGCAGCGGUACUGGUGAGUCCUCUACCCCAUGCAGCAGCUGUGGAGGGGAUGGGUGUGUGAGGAAGACAAAGAGGAUAAGCCUGAAAGUUCCAGCCGGAGUCGACUCUGGUAGUCGACUGAGGGUUCGGUCGGAAGGGAAUGCUGGAAGGCGGGGUGGCCCACCUGGCAACCUGUAUGUGUUCAUCGAAGUUCUAUCAGACCCUGUGCUCAAGAGGGAUGGAACCAACAUUCUCUACACAUGCAAGGUAUCAUAUAUCGAUGCAAUCCUAGGGACUACCAUGAAGGUUCCGACGGUGGAAGGAAAGGUGGACCUGAAGAUUCCUGCUGGGACGCAGCCAGGUACGACCCUAGUUAUGGCUAAGAAGGGGGUUCCAUAUCUUGGAAAGCCAAACAUGAGGGGAGACCAGCUGGUUCGUGUGCAGGUAGAGAUCCCAAAGAGGUUAAGUAGUGAAGAAAAGAAGCUGAUCGAGGAGCUUUCCAACCUCAGCAAGUUUAAGACGGCAAACAGCAGGAGGCAGUAAAAAAGAAAGAAAAACUAACUUCCCCAUUCAUCGGUGGCUGAAAUAUUCCAGCGUCCUAAAGAAGUGGAACAUUCAUGCAAGUCUUCAGGUGAUGGGGAGUGGUCCUUUUAAUACUAAUGCUUACGAAUUUGGUUAAUCUAGAAAUGAUAAACUCAAGAAUUGAUGAGUGUGAGCAAUAUUGCCUGACGUAGGAUGAGAUAUUAACCAAUUUCAUAUGUUUGAGGAUGAUAUUUCAUACAUAAAUUUUGCAAGGAUUUCAUGGUAAAAGCAAGGAAACACUUUUUAAAGGCAAAAA